ACUCUUUGUAGCCCAGGCUGGACAGCUUCCGGUUACGCCGAUUUCCGUUCCCGGUCGUGCUUGCUAGCCCUGCUCGAGUCGUCGCGGCGACACACCACUGUCACAAAUGAACGUUGCAGGCCAUUUUUGCUGGUUCGGGACUUGGAGAGAGAGAGAAAGAGAGAGGGAGGGCAUUGACAGAGAUAUCCAGCAGAGAGAGAGAGAGAAACAGUCGAGUUUUUGGGAAGAGAGGGAGUGAGACAGAGAGUUAUCAAUGGAGGAAAUUAAGAGGGUGGGGGUGGUAGGAGGUGGGCAGAUGGGGUCUGGCAUAGCUCAGAUCGCUGCUACUUGUGGGUUUGACGUCAUUCUUCUUGACUCCGAUUCUUCAGCUUUGCAGAGAGGCCUUCAUAACAUCCAAUCUUCCAUUAACCGAUUUGUCAGCAAAGGCCAACUUUCUCAGGCAAUGGCUGAUGAUGCCAUCAUGAGGCUUAAAUGUUCAACAGACUUGCGAGACCUUCACUCUGCAGACAUUAUUAUUGAGGCUAUUGUGGAGUCUGAAGGUUCUAAGAAGGAACUAUUUUCUCAACUGGACAGGAUCGUAAAAGAUUCUGCUAUUUUGGCAUCAAAUACUAGUUCAAUCUCCAUUACUCGUCUGGCCACCACAACUCGCAGACCUAGACAGGUUAUUGGCAUGCAUUUUAUGAAUCCCCCUCCCAUUAUGAAGCUCGUAGAGAUUGUCAGAGGGGCAGAUACAUCUGAUGAAGUUUUUGCGAUUGUCAAAACCCUAGCAAAAAGGCUAGGAAAAACAAUAAUAUGCUCGCUCGAUUUCCCUGGGUUCAUUGUUAACCGAAUCCUUAUGCCCAUGAUAAAUGAAGCCUUCUUUGCCCUCUAUACUGGUGUGGCUACGAAGGAAGACAUUGACACUGGGAUGAAGCUUGGAACAAACCAUCCAAUGGGACCUUUAGAACUGGCAGAUUUCAUUGGACUAGAUGUCUGCCUAUCGAUAAUGAAGGUUCUUCAUUCUGGCCUUGGAGACAGUAAAUACCUCCCGUGCCCUCUCCUUGUACAGUAUGUAGAUGCUGGACGUCUCGGAAAAAAAUGUGGUGUUGGGGUGUAUUCCUAUGGCAUGAAAUCAUCACCUACCUCGCCUCAGCCUAGAAUUUAGAAGAAUUGGUACAACAAUCUUAGGUGUGCCAUCUCCAUGGAAGGGCAUUUGCAGAAUGCAUCACCUUGUAGUUUCUGUAUAAAGGUUGUAAUAGUAACUCUACAAUGAGCUGUCAUUUGAAGAAAUGAUUGAUAAUGGUAAUUGGUAUGUUUAUUUGGUGA